AUGCCUCUCUCCACCUCUGCUGAGGAGACCCCGUGGCACCUCACAGUUGGGAUGCCCACUUUUGUUUCUGCUUCCAGACACUUACAGAUGGACCAGGAAGUCCUCCCAGUAACAUGUAACCUGGUGUCUUUGGAGAAGAAGACAUGGACAGUCAUCAGGAAUUGUUCAGAAGAUCCUGGAUCCUACAAGGCCCUGAGGAAUCUAGGUGGGAGGAGGCAGCAGCACCAGGUGACCUUAGGACUAAGGACCCGAACCAAGAGCCAGAGGAAGCUGAAAGCAAUAUACAGGUGCCAGCCAGGUCGGUACUGGGUCAUCUUCAGCCUCCUCAUCUUCCUCUUGGUCACGCUUCAAGUUAUGGAGAAGCUGCAGCCUCCCAGAAACUGCCAGUGCGAGGUGGAGCGUGCCCUGAGGCAGACCAUGGACCAUGGCCAGAAGCUGCUCAACUCUGCCCUCCAGACCCCCGACCCGCUGUGGGAGGACAAUUCCCCGCACUGGCAGAGGAAAACCAUGCCAGACCCCACUUCGACUGAGAGUGCGCAGGACAUUUUUCAGAUGCAUCUGUACUUCAGCCAGGAGACCCCACUGGAGAGCAGCCCAAGCAGUCAAGAGGAGCACUGGACGUGGCAGCCUGUGGAAAGCAGCAAGAAGGUGAAAGCCCAUCUUUCAUCCAUGAGGCUGAAAUCCCAGCUUCCUGACCUGAGAAAAGCAACCAGAGAGGGUCCUUCUCAAAGUCUUUCUGGGAGGAUCUCCACAGUUUUGGGAGAUGCUGACGCUGCCACCAGCAAGUUCAUAACCUUUGCAAACAGGAUGACCACAGAGGAGAAGAGGAGAAUGUCACCACCAGGAAUGACACAGGCAGUGGUACAGACCCAGUCGCAACCUCAAGCCAUGGGUUUCCCCCAUUAUCAGUGGGACAGCUCACUUAAACACACCGUGCCAAAUUCAGCUCAACCUCCACAGGCAGAGGACCUUUACAAGACAGACCUGGAGAAGGGAUUUUUCCCAAGCUGGACAAAAGUCUCUAAGGUUGAAGAGGUGACACCUGGAGAAGGCCACCAGGCCAGAGGGGUCUCCUCUCACAGGGAGAAGUGUGAGCCCAAGACUGACAUUGUCUUCCUGAAAGUCCACAAGAGUGCCAGCAGCACCGUCAUGAAUGUCCUCUUCCGCUUCGGCGAGAUGCACAACCUCACCUUCGCCUUCCCCAUCGGGGGUGGCAACCAGCUCUCCUACCCACACCACUUUUUUGCGAGGUUCGUGCAGGGCUUCUCCCCCAGGAGCCCUCGGCGGUUCAACAUCCUCUGCCACCACAUGCGAUUCCUGCAGCCGGAGGUAUGGGCAAAGCCGCAAUGA